AGAGAGAGAGAGAGAGAGAGAGAGAGAGAGAGCAGAAUUAAAUAUAGCUUCAGUCCAGCCGUAUACAACUUCACUGCACCGUACCCGAGAAAAAGCAGAACCGAGACAGAACCGAGACAGAACCGAGACAGCACCAUUGAGUGGGAGGAAAAGGGAACAUUUUUAAGUGCUGGUGUUAACAGAGAAGAUCCGACCACCUCCUUGUUCAGAUUGGUCUCUCUCGCGCUCUCUCUUCCUCUCUCGCGCUCUCUCUUCCUCUCUCUCGCUCUCUCUCCUCCUCAGCAUGUCAGAGUCUCACUGCUGGCUCUCCCAAAUCGACAGAGGACAAAACACAGAGCCGGAGGAGAAGGCAGAACAGGGAGCAGGAACCGCUUCCCUCUCUCAUGGUGUCGCCGGGGCGGCUCAACUUCAGCACAAGUCAAACUGGAAACUGGAAACUUUUUAGGAUUCGAUUUGCUUUUUGAGAACGCUCGCACUCUCAGGACAGUGUGGAAAGAAUGAGGUCCAGGAGCAGCGAGAUGGAGGCUCGUGACAGUGGAUACCUCCCGAUCAAACAGCCCAGCAAAGGCUUCCAAAAGCAGAAGCAGGAAGGAGAAAGCAUCGAAGACGUGAUGAAGAAAACACCCAUCGUGGUGGAGAAGGUGAAAAUGGAGAAGGGUGAGAAGGUCACCGGUUCCCCAGCGGUGAAGAAAUCCCAGAGACCAGCGGAGAAGUGCAAGAGGAAAGCCGAGCUGAUGGAGCUAUCGAAAGAGCAGCUGCUCCACCUGCUCGGGGUCAUGGAGGGAGAAGUGCAGGCGCGUGAGGACAUUAUUCACAUGCUGAAGUCGGAGAGGACGCGACCCGAGACCCUGGAGGCUCAUUACGGUUCAGCCGCCCCCACCACACCCCUACAGGCGCUGCAGAGAGACAACAUGCUCACGUGUAACAGGACGCCUGGGGACGACGUCUACGAGAUUCCAAUGAUGGAGCUGGACCGUCUGGAGGAGAAGCAAAGGGAGACGUACAGGCGGAUGCUCGAGCAGCUCCUGCUGGCGGAGAAAUGUCACCGACGCACCGUCACCGAACUGGAAAGCGAAAAACGCAAACACGCCGACUUCAUGAACAAGAGCGACGACUUCACCAGCCUGCUGGAACAGGAGCGCGAGAGACUGAAGAAACUGCUGGAGCAGGAGAAGGCCUACCAAGCCCGAAAAGACAAGGAGCACAGCAUACGGCUGGAGAAAGUCCGAGAAGAGCUGGUUAAGCUGAAGUCCUUUGCUCUGAUGCUGGUGGAUGAGAGGCAGCACCACGUUGAUCAGAUCGAUCGACAAAGCCAGAAGAUCCAGGACCUCAGCAAACAGCUGCAGGAGAAGGAGCAGAAUCUGUUGAGCGUCACCGACAAGUCUAAAGAGGACGGCGAAAAAAUACAAAAGCUGGAGGCGGACCUAGAGCACAAGACUGCGAAAUUCACUCAGGAACUUGAGGACAUGACCACUAAGCUUUCCAACCAGGAGUCCCAAAAUCGGCAGUUACGCACCAAGCUGGCCAGCCUGUCCAGAAGGAUCGAGGAGCUGGAGGAGAGCAACAAGGCUCUGCAGAAAUCCGACGAGGAUCUGCAAGAGCUGAGGGACAAAAUUAGCAAAGGAGAAUGUGGAAACUCCAGCCUCAUGGCUGAGCUGGAAAACCUCCGGAAGAGGGUUUUGGAGAUGGAGGGGAAGGACGAGGAGAUCACGAAGGCAGAAUCGCAGUGCAAGGAGCUAAGAAGGAAGCUCCAAGAUGAGGAGAACCACAGUCGCGAGCUGAAACUCGAACUAGAGAAGCUUCAGGAAAGGAUGGCUGAUUUGGAGAAACUUGAAGGAGCCUUCAACGCGAGCAAAUCGGAGUGUACGCAACUUCACACGAGCCUGGAGCGAGAGAGGAACGUGACGAAGAACUUAUCCAAGGAGCUAGAAAGUGUAAGGACUCGUGUUAAAGAGCUGGAAUGCACCGGGUCGAGGCUUGAGAAGGCGGAAAGUAGUUUGAAAGAGGACCUGACGAAACUAAAGUCCUUCACUGUGAUAUUAGUGGACGAAAGGAAGAACAUGGCGGACAGGAUCAAACAAGAGGAGCAGAAAAGUAAAGACAUGAGCAAGAUGUUCAAGGCAGAGCAGGGCAAGGUCACAGAAAUCACGGAGAAACUGAUCGAAGAAAGUAAAAAGCUUUUGAAGUUAAAGUCGGAGAUGGAAACGAAGGUGUCCGCUCUCACGAAAGAGAAGGACGAGCUGAGGACAAGACUCGCAAGUGAAGAAGAGAAACAGAAGGAUCUCAAUGCAAAGGUCAGCCUGAUGCAAAAAAGAGUGGACUGUCUGAAGGAAACCGAAAGGAACUCGAGAAGCAAAGCCGAAGCCGACAAGAUGAGAUACGCCGACGAGGACAACAAGGUAAAGGAGUUGACGGAGGAGAUUAAAAGGCUGAAGAACCGUCUGAAGCAGCUAGAAGUCGUGGAGGGCGAUCUGAUGAAGACCGAGGACGAGUACGACGUGCUGGAAAAGAAGUUCAGAACGGAGCAGGAUAAGGCCAAUGCCCUCUCCCAGCUCCUGGAGGAAAUGAAGUCGCAGAUCGCCAGAAACAAGGCCAUAGAGAAGGGCGAGGUGGUGAGCCAAGAAUCCGAGCUGAGAAUGAGGUGCAAGAUGGAGGAGGCCAAGACGAGAGACCUGCAGGCCGACGUCCUGGCUCUCAAAGAGAAGAUUCACGAACUGAUGAACAAGGAGGACCAGCUAGCGCAGCUUCAGGUCGACUACACGGUUCUCCAGCAGAGGCUUGGAGACGAGCAGGACAAAAAGAAGAUCAUGAGCCAGCAGAUUCUCAACCUCACCAAGGAGCUGGAGGCCACCAAGCGGUACAGUCGAGCGCUGCGGCCCAGCAUGAACGGAAGGAGGAUGGUGGACGUCCCUCUCGCUUCCACGGCCGUGCAGACGGACGCGGAGACCAACCAGGGUCUUGAAGAGGAGACCCCGGCGGUAUUCAUUAGGAAAUCGGUUCUGGAGGAACAUCAUGUUAUGAGCAAUCUGAGGCAGAAAGGUCUCAAGAAACCAGCAGUGCUGGACCGUUACCCACCUGCUGCAGCAGAGCUGGGUAUACGAAAAUCGUUCAUUCCAUGGAUGAAGAAGAAGGACACGAUUGGUGACAUUCUUGACGGCUCGGGCAAGACGGCCGCAACAUCUCAGACACCGGAGUUGACCAUGUCUAAAAAACCAGGGCAACCACUACACAUCAGGGUCACCCCAGAUCAUCAUAACAGCACCGCCACUUUGGAGAUCACCAGUCCUCAUGCUGAGGACUUCUUCUCAAGCACCACUAUCAUCCCCACGUUAGGGCUUCAGAAACCACGGAUCACCAUAGUCCCCAAACCCACCACCAUGUCAUCAAAGGGUCUCCACAAUGGAAUGGACAGGACCAAGUCUCCAGUGACCAUUACCACCAUUUCCAGAGCCAAGUCCCCGGACGGAACCAAGAGCCCUUUCUCAGACUCCUCCAGGUCUCCCGUGUCGGUCAUCACGGUCAGCACCAGCCCAGCCAUGCAGGCGUCCGUCUCUCUGGAGCCUCAGGAAGCAGCGGUGGGUAGAGCCGUGUUCAAAGUGACUCCGGAGAAGCAGACGGUGCCCACGCCGGUCCGCAAAUACAGCUCCAACACCAACAUCAUAACAACAGAGGACAACAAAAUCCACAUUCACCUGGGGAGCCAAUACAAGAGGCCUCAGGACGCCGGGAGCGGUCCGACGGUCACUGUCAGGCCCCUUAGCGUGAGCACAGAGAGCAAGGAGAUGGCAGUUACGGGGACGGUCCUGCGAGCGCCAAGACAGUCCUCCACGUCCCCGGGGAAGACCAUUAUGGGCAAGAUGACCAGCAGUAUCACCAUUACUCCCAUCACUUCCGCUCCAUCCAGACCGACACAGUCUGUGUCCGGGACGGACGUGCAGUCACCUCGGUCUUGUGGGGCAACACGAAUCCCUAUGUCAAAAGAAAAUGUUGUGCUUCACAUGACUUUUGAACCUCGCUGACGCUGAAGUUAAGUGCUGAGAGCUAAAGCUUCCACCGCUUGAACCGUGGCCCGUCCAUCUCAGCUCCUCCGCUGGCUUGAGGGUCAACACCGGACGCGGGAGCGGAAAUGUUGGGCUCAGCGCCACCGUUCACCAUACAUCCUACCCAUGGACAUCUUCUGUUCCAGAGGGUUUUUACCCCCCUGUCUUUACCCACUUCAGUUGCUAGAACUCAGUAAUGGUUUGUGAAUGAAUUGUGAUGAGCACGGGUGUAUUAUAACCACGUGUGUGUUUCUGUGGCACAUGAAAGUGUUUUGCAAGUGUAAUAAAGUGUGUGGGAUUCAAAGAUGAUGAACAUAUUUUAAAAAAAAGGUACACACCCCUUCUGCACCCGUAGAGAAAAAAGGUGAAGGUGACGCAUGUGAUACCAAAGAGAUCAAGAUAUUGGAAAGGGGGGUUUGUUAAACAUUGUUUGUAUGAUUAUUGCUGUUUAGACUAGUCAGAUCUGAGGAAUAAAAGUGGAUUUUAUUUGGAAUGUGAAGAGAACGUAGUCAAUGAAGUGUUUUAGGCAUUAUGAGGGUCACUUUUAAUGGAUAAAUGGGGUCCGGGGGGCAGUGUAGAGUGAGAGAAGGGCUACAGUCAGUAAUUUAUCUGUGUAGUAGGUGUAGCUUAUAAAAUAAACAAUAAAUAUACAAACCAAAUAGGUGUUCCUUAUAAAGUGUAUUGCUCACAGUUGUAACAGAUUUGCUUUGGAUGCACAUGAGCACUAUUUAAUUUUAGAUUCAGAGCACUUCAAAGAUCCGGUCAAUGCUACCUGAUCAAUUUUAUUAAUGCAUGGCACAUCCUGUACGGUCCAGGUAUCAUUUUCUAGAACAGAGAAUGUCAAUAGAACAAAUACGAAGCUGGGAAAGUAAAAGCAGCUAACAGGACCUUUCUGACUAUAAGUUUGGGUGUAAGUAUUAUGUGAUGCUGGGCACCAUCAGUAAGUAUGUUUUUGUCAUUGUGGUUUUUACUAUUAAAACUUAGAGUCUAAGACAGAA